UUUAGGCAAUCACAAACUUCAGGGAAACGGUCUUCACCAGUGUAUAAAUCGGAAAAGGCAAAAACCAAAAUAAGGUUUUAUCUUUUGGAUCAGUAUUCAUAUUAUUUAGACAAAUAUGAAAAAAUUUUGGAAAAACAACUGCCAGGGGCAAUGAAAAUAUAUAGGAUAUUUAUGGAAGGAAUUAAACAUUUUUUCCGAGAUUUUAAAGAAUUUAUAAAGAUAUACAGAGAAGUGAACUUUAGUACAAGAGACAUUAGAACUUUGGAAUUAAACCAAUUAGAAUUAUAUGAUCAAAUGCCAAGAGACAUGCUUAAAAUAGCACCUGUCCUUCUUAUAUCUGCUCUUCCACUUGCAAACUAUGUUAUAUUUCCAUUAGCCUUUUAUUUUCCAAGGCAACUUCUUACUCAUCAUUUUUGGGAUUUAAAACAGAAAUCUGAAUUUAGAAUAUACUUUCUUCGAAAACGACUGUUGCACAAUCGACCGAUUUUUAGACAUUUACAAACCCAGUUGCCAAAUUUAAGGUCACAUGACCUACACAAACAGUGGUCCCAUGUAUUAGGUCAAAUAGGAAGUGGUGUUCAUCCUACUGCUUGUGAAAUAUUAGAAUGUAAGGAUCUAUUUGAAGGAGAACCUUACCACAUAUAUUACAUCAGUGGGAACCAUGUGGUAAGCAUUUUGUAUGUAGUAUAAAAAAAUUCUAAACUAGUCAACAUUAUA